AUGGACGCGAACUUCCCGGAUCCCAGCGUCCUUCAGGUUGAUGGGCGCUGGUAUGCAUUCUCGACUACCUCUGGCGGCAAGAACGUACCUAUCGCCACGUCGGGCGAUAUCCACGUCGGUUGGGCGCUUACCGGCACUGACGCCCUGCCUAAGCUUGGCGCUUGGGCAGACGGUGGUGUCUGGGCUCCCGACGUCACACAGCUGGCGGAUGGGACUUUCCUCAUGUACUACUCGGCGGUGUACAAGGAGAACAAGAGCGUGCACUGUAUCUCGGCGGCGACGUCUACCAACAUACAGGGGCCUUACACGCCCAUCGACAACGUACUUGCUUGUCCAGUGAGCUCUGGCGGCGCCAUCGACCCUCACGUCUUCACCGACGUCGACGGGAGCCUAUAUCUUCUCUGGAAGGUCGACGGGAACAAUAUCGGUCAUGGCGGGAACUGCAACAACGGCGUUGAGCCUAUCCAGUCGACCCCCAUCAUGAUCCAGCGCAUGAGCGCGGACGGCAAGUCCUUCUACCCCGGCACGGGGCACACCCAGAUCCUGGACCGCGACGCCAACGACGGUCCUCUCAUCGAGGCACCCUCGCUCGUGCGCACGUCCGAGGGCAUCUACGUGCUCUUCUUCUCCAGCAACUGCUACGCUGGCUCCCUCUACGACGUCGCGUACGCGACUGCGACAAACAUCAUGGGCCCGUACACCAAGGGCCCAUGGCUCCUCAAGACCGCGACGCCGUACUCGCAGCUGUACUCGCCUGGUGGUGCCGACGUCACUCGCGGCGCCGACCAUCUGUUGUUCCACGCAGACAAGGGCACGACGGCGGACACCCGCCAGCUCUACGUCGCGGAUAUCUCCAUCAGCGGCAAGACCGUGCAUAUAUAG